AUGAGUUACCUUUUUUCCCAUUUAAAGACUGCAACCCUUGGACAAUUCUGAUAUGGCAUGUGUGACAGUGAGUUAGCAAGAUAUCUCUGUGAUACUUGUAUUUGUAUGUCUGUUUGAUAGAGUGAGAAAGAGAUUUGACAGGGUUUUGAUUGUGUACCACAGUAAUUCUACUCCGGAUAGAAUGAACUCCCUCUCCGUCUAUGUCAUACUGGGUCUAACAGCAUUGAUGAUCCAGACUACAGACUCUAAAGGGUCUCCCAAUCUCAGAGCGUUUGUGUCUGUUUGGCCCCCAGGAUCAACCAUCUACUUAAGGGAUUCUGUGGCCCUGAGAUGCAGUGUGGAAGCAGGCGCUAACUGUUCCUGGACCUAUCACUGGUUCAGACACACACCUCACAAACUUGUGACCCCAAACGCUAGACACAUUAUCAGUGGUGACAGUUACUCCAUCACUGUGGUUGCCAAGGCUGACGGUGGUAGCUACUGGUGCCAGGCUAAGCGAAAUGGCUCAGCCACACCCUUACUCAGUGACCCCGCCCAUCUGACUGUGUCAGAGCUUACCCCACCCUCUUUGGCAGUGAUCCCCAGCAGCCGACAGCACUUCCAAGGGGAGCGCUUCUCUCUCCAGUGCCCUGCUGUGUCUGAGAGCAACUCCACAGAGAGUAACUCCACAGACUGGACACUGUGGCAGCUCACUGACUUUGGAGUUAGGUCUGGGUGUCAGACACUAGCGGGCACUUUCUGGAAGGAGGUUCCUGGAGCAUGCAGCCUCUCCUCUCUCUACAGUGGGUUGUACUGGUGUGAGAAAGGCAAAUGGCGCAGCAACACGGUCAACAUCACAGUGAGCUGUGAGCCAUAUCUGUAUCACUGAUGAUUGAUACAUUAGCAGCAUUGUGAUCAUGUGGUUGAGGGGAAAUAAUGCCAUGUGCCUGUGGAAAUGGAGAUUAUGCAUAAGAAAGCAAGUAAGAUGCACUAUAUGUAAUGGUCUAUGGUCUAGUGUCUUCUCUUGUGUCUCACAGAUGGUUCCAUGAUCAUUGUGGGCCCUGCUCACCCUGUCACAGAGGGAGAUCAGGUGACUCUGCACUGCCGGUACUGGUUCCGCAAACCUAACCGGACCACCUUCUACAAAGACGGAGUAGAGGUUGUUUCUCUGAAUGUCACAGAGAUAACCAUUGACAAUGUGACUAGUGCAGACGAGGGCUUCUACAAGUGUGCUGAACCUGAGGAGAAGUUGGAGAGCCCAGAGAGUUGGCUGUCUGUGAGAAGGAACUCAACCUCAGAAGAUAGAAAGACAUUGUCCUCUGAAGGUACAGUGUCUACACAUAUAACCCUUGAACCACCUCAACCCCCCUCCUCUAACACACACACAAUUUAUAUGGUUUCAAGCUUUUCCCCAUUCAGGUACCUGGAUAUGGGUGUUGCUGUCCUGUUGCAUUGUGGUUAUCCUGUUGCUUAUUCCUGUUGUUAUGUUACUGGUUCGUCACCACAGGUUGCGUAUGUGGUGCACCGGCAGCUGUUUCUCCUCCAAAGAAGGGCCACCCCCAGGAGAGGCACCCCAGACCAAGCAGGAUGUGACUGAGGUACAGUGGGACCUGCCCUGGAUGGAGAUGGCCAACCUGUUGGACAAGCAGCAGUACCCCGCAACUGCCAGCUAAACUCAAUCACUCAAACCAGAGACUAGAGUGCUUUACACUAUACAGAACAUACCAGAGCAGGCUGGUGGGAGAAGCUAUAGGAG